UAAAAUAAUUUAAGUAACAAACGAAAAUCAUGAAAAAAAAUAGUUAAACUUUGUCAUUUACAUUUAUUAAAUUAAAAAACAAUAGCUUUUUUUUUUUCACUAAUUAGUUGAUAGUUUUUUUUUGAAAGUUUCUUUUGAAAUAAAAUAAUUAUCGAGUUUUCCAUAAUUAAUUAGACUUGAAUAUGAAAAAAAUUAAUUUUUUUAAAAGUGAAAUCUGCUACCAGUGUAAAAAAUUAAAUUGCGAAACCAAAUAAAAAUUUAAAUAAAUGAUUAUUUUAUUAAUAAAAAUACGCCAAAAAGUAACUUUUUUUUUUUUAAUAUUGCAUUAAAUUAUUGAUUAUGAAAAAUGUAAAUUAAUGUUUGUUUGCUUUUGCUGUCAGUAGAUAAAAUAAAUUGAAAAUUUAAUUUAAAAAAAUACAAAUAAAAAAGUUAUUUAACUUAAAAAAUGAUUACACUGUGGAAAGUACAUUGAAAAUAAAAGAAAAAUAAAUUAUUUAAUAAAUAAACUAAAUGAAUUUAUCAAUUUUUUUUUUUCUAUAAAUAAUGUAAAAUUUUAAAUAUCAAAUUGACAAAUUAAAGCCACACAAAUCGUCACAAUUUAAACUAAAUAAUAACAAAAAAAAAAUUUAUUUAUAUAAAAAAAUUAUUAACUUAUUAUUUAUUAAUUCUUCCAUUAUUAUUUUUUAAAAAUUAUUAUUAUUUAAUAUUGAUAAUAAAUAAUUUUGAAUGAUGAGAAAAUUUGUGUGCUUCUUGAUGAAAUAUUUACUAUUUUUCGUCGCUAAUUAACAGCUAAUAAUUAAUAAUAGAUAAAUAAUUAUUUUUAUUUUUUUUGUUUAAAUAAAAGAUUAUUUUUAAUUAUGUAUGUAUAUACGUAAAUUGAUUGGAGUCUACAAAAAUGUGAAUAAAUGAAAAACAAAUAAAAAAAAAAAUGUUAAAAAGAAGGAAAAAAUAAUAUAUUGUUGAAUUAAAAAAAAUAUUGUUUAAAUAUAUUAAUUUUUUUUUAAUUAAGAGACCCGAUAGAAGACAGGAUUAUUUUUAAUUUUCAUUUGAUUUUUAUAUUAAUUUAUUUCUCCGUUGUUGAUCGAUUGCCGGAGAAAUUACUCCGUUUUUAUUGAGCUCACUGCGCAUGCUUGUGUCAAAUUACAUCUGUCAUUCAUUCGUGAAUGUUUGUUUACUAUUUACAACGAGUGUUUACUACCUCGUGUUUAUUGUUUUGAUUAUUUUUAUUUAUUUAUUUACAUCUUAAGGAUGUCUCUUACUUAUGAAAAAAUGCUGAGUGAAAAAGGUAGACCGUUGCUUGUUGUUAGAGGUCUAAAAUUUGGAUGGCACAAAAAAUUAGCAAAUAAUUUGCAACGUUGGGUUUGUACACAGCGUAAUUGUAGAUGUUAUCUUAAAUUAAAUUCUCAAAAUGUUAUAGUUGAAAGUAAUAUAUCUCAUAAUCAUGUGAUAGAUAAAAAAAAAUUAGAAAGAGAAAAAUUAAAUAACUCAUUAAAACGAAAAGUUGAUGAAGAUCCAACAGUUUAUCCUUCGAAACUUCAACCUACUGGAGAGUUUUUCCAGGUUUUGUUAACAGAAGAAAAAGACACAAGUCAACAUGAACUUGCUAAGCCUCAUACAAAUGGUGUGGUGAACGGUAUAACAGAAGAAGAAGAAAAGAGUAAAAAAAGACCAGCUGAUAUUGAUGCAAAUAUAAAUAAAACAGACAGAGGGAAGGAAGUAUUAAAAAUGACUGAAAUAGAACCUAGUCCUGAAGCUGAAAAAGAUGAUAGUGGUUGUGUUGAUUUAUUACAACAAAAAUCAGAUAUGUUGGGUGGACAAGGAGUACGCUUUAAUUCAAAUAUAUUUAAAAAUUUGAAUUGUGUGGUGCCUAUUAAUGAUAUUAGAGGUGGUGAUGUUACUGGUUAUUUACCUGGUGAAAAACAAUUACGUUGUAAAUUAGCAUCAGUAUUUAGAUUACUUGAUCUUUAUGGAUGGACACAGGGUGUUGGUGGACAAAUAUCAGCACGUUUAAAUCAAGAUCAAGAACAUUUUUUGGUAAAUCCAUAUGGUCUUUUGUAUCAUGAAAUAACAGCAUCAAGUCUUGUUAAAGUUAAUAUGCAAGGUGAAGUUGUUGAUCAAGGCACAACAAAUUUUGGUAUACAUUUGAGUGAAUUUCAAUUACAUUCAACAAUACAUGCUGCACGUCCAGAUAUAACAUGUAUUAUACACAUAACAACACCAACAGUAACAGCAGUGUCUUCCUUGAAAUGUGGCCUCUUACCAAUUGGUAAUGAAAGUAUUGUUAUUGGUGAUGUAUCAACACAUCAUCAAUUUAUUGGUGAUGCUAUUGAGCCUGAAGAACGUGAAAAAAUAACACGUAAUUUAGGUCCAAUAAAUAAAGUUAUGUUAUUAACAAAUCGUGGUGCAUUAUGUUGUGGUGAAACAAUUGAAGAAGCAUUUUAUAAUGUUUAUAAUACUGUUGUAGCAUGUAAAACGCAACUUAAAUUAAUGCCAAUGGGUAUUGAUAAUUUAACACUUAUUAAUGAUGAAAAUAAAAAAAUAAUAUAUGAUGCAUCACGUAAAUCACCAGCAUCAAUUAAAAAAUUAAAAAAACGUUGGCAUAUUGGUGGUACUGAAUUUGAGGCACUUAUGAGACUGCUUGAUAAUGCUGGUUUUCGUACUGGUUAUUCAUAUAGAAAUCAACUUAUUGAAAGUAAACCAUCAAGAGCUAAAAAUAAUGCUGAAAUACCAUCAACUGUAGGAUAAUUAUAUUUUAGUGUUGUGGAAUUUUGUAGAAGCAUAAUUUCACGAAAUUUUUACUUAGCAAUAUAUUUUUUAAAUAAAAAAAUUGAGACCCUUUUGGGUAAAAAAAAACGUAGACUUAUGGUCUGUUCUUAUCAUUAGUUUGUAUCAAUAAAAAAAAAAAAAAAAACUGUUGUAAAUAUAUUACAUAAAAUAUUUAUUAGUUUUAUUAUUUUAAUUGCCAGGUACUUUUUUGGCAUCUUCUUCCUCUUCUUCUUGUGUAAAAAAAAAAAAAGUUAUUUUCUUUAAAAUAUUUAAAGCUUUUUAAAUAAUUUAUUAAUCCAACAUUAUUAUUUACAGACAAAAUAAUAACAAAAUGAUGGUUAACGUAGAGAAUGUUAAAGUAGAAUAUAUUUUGUUGCUAUUUCUUUUUCAUGUUCAGUCAUUUCCCAUGGCUCACAAACCUCCUGUUGAAAAAUAUAAUCGUCUAAAUAACAAAAAAACUGAAUGCUUAUUUUUUUACGACAAAAAAGUCAUAUAAAAAUAAAUAAAUAAUGCUCUUCUCGCUUUUUCUAAAAUCAUGAUUAUUAUUUUUGUUGUAUAAUAAUGUCUUAUCGAUAACCAAUUUUUCUCUGAGAAUGUUAAUCGUAUUAUUGUAAAUAAAUUUAUUUAAAUAGAUAAAUAAAUAGCUUUUUAUUAAUUUAAAAAAAUAGCUUUUCAUUAAUUUAAAAAAAUAAAAAGCUAUAGGAAAAAUGGUAGCUAAGGAAAGGAAGUUGCCUACAUGUUAAUUUCUUUGGCAUGGUUGGUUAAAAUAUUACAUGGUUAGCUAAAUCAUCCGAAAGAAUAAUGCGUGUUGCUAAAAAAUUUUUCGUUAAAUAAAAAAAAAAAAGUUUAAUUACUUUUUUGUAUUAUUGAUUAUAUUAUUAAUUGAUAUUACUAAUUAGUAAUAAAUUAAUAUUAUUAAAUUUUUUUUCUAUUAUAUUUCUUUUUUCAUAUGUACAAUUAGGUUUCAAAAUACACAUUAUUAUUCAAUCAAA